GAUAAAAGCAAAUCAAUUCAUUUGUGCAGGACGUGAGGAAAUGUUCAAUUAUACUCAAUUUCAAAUGGAGGCAAUGUUUGUUUUAUUCCAAUGUCAUACAUUCCACAAAACCGCGAAUGCCUUUUCCUUUCAAAUGCAUUCCAAUACAUCAGGAAGCAUUUUGUAUUGGUGUGGUGUUCGGUUAAUCGUUACCAAAGAAGUGCAGCUGGAUUCUCACAGCAAGUAAAUCUCCUUUUCAUCAACGGCAACAGUUAAAGAAGUGAUCAGCAGCUACCGAAGAUUUAUACGAAAUAAAAAAAAUGCUAAUUGAACUGGCUGAGUUUAAUCAGAAGCUCCAGGAGUACCGGACGAUCUUGGAACGAUUGCGAAACGAGCAGCAAUCGUACCAACAAAGGCGGGAGCGACUGAGCAAACUCAGCCAAAGGCGUCGCUCGGAAAUCCAAAAGCCAGAUGUUGUAUGCUACAUGUGUAACGCCAACAUUGAAGUCGAGCAAACUAACAGUUUCGCAACAUGCCGCGGUUGCGAGCGAUUAGUAUGUCGAAGCGAGGAGAAGCAAUGCUGCGAGUGGAUCCCAGCCAUUGGUAUUUGGGAAUGUCGAAACUGUCACUCCAGCCGGGUGAUUCAGCAGAAAGCAGGCGAAUGGUUGCUCAACCAACUCACCAGUCGACUGCAGAAUCCAGGUCCCGUCAAGUUGCACAGCGAAGGCCUGCUUGGAUUGGGUGGCACCGAUUCUGAUGAUGCUAAAAGUACCACAUCGUCGAUUCCACCGAGUCAGCAGAUCAAGGUGCGGGAAUUUGUCGAAGAACUGCUGUCUUCGAUGCUAAAUGGGCCACUAGAUGACGUUUCCGUUGGACAACUCAUGGGAAACGAGAGCUAUUUAAAGGUGUUCCACAGGUAUCACUCACGUUUGAGCAGGUGUCUGUACAAUCUGGAGCUCUCGAUACACCAAUCACUGUCCGACUUACCACUGUUUGAAGGACAAACCGAGCCAAGCAGCCCAAGUGAUACGCAUUUUGAGCUGCGUAAGAUGCUGCAGAAGAUCCUGGAUGAAGUCGCCAAGUUACCGGAGCUGUUGAACCACAGCGGCUUCCCGUUGCGACCUGAGGAGCAUCUGCCAUACUUCAGCCCCAAGAAGUAUGAGCAGCUUUUAGCGACCGCUGUACUCAAUAAGGUAGUGGAGGACUACCGUAAUCCGAAGAACUUUGAGCACGUGAACCUGGAAGCGGAUAAGGCUGGCCCUCCGACGACUGGAGCGACAUCGGUGGGUUCAGCGCCGGCCACCGAAACAACCCUCGACGUCAACCACAACAAGGUUCCUGGCCUACUGAGCGAAGCCAACCUAAGGAAGAUGUCGUUGGAUAAGGAGUUGAAAGAGGACCUGUACGGCCGGUCGCUGUCUGAAUCAGAUGAAUCAUAUCUGAGUGACUACAUUCAAAAGCACACAGUGCCUUUGCCGGAUCUUUCGGAUACCACUGGGUCGGGACCGGAAGAUGAUGUACUGUCACUCAAAUCGAACGCCACCGAUGGAACGUGGGAGGAGAACUGGUUGUUCAAAAAGCGGCAGCUAAAAUCUACGGAAUCUUCAAUAGCCAUGCUAGUGCCAUCACCAACUGAAGAAGUUAAGGCGCUGAUCGGCGAUAAAAAUGCUGAUGAAGUCAGUGAUUUAUCCGAAGCAGGAUCAGAUGUUGAGGAAUAUGACUCCGACAGUAAUAUCAAAAACACCACCACGACAGAAACCAACAGUUCUCCGAAGAGGGCAGAAAACUCAAUUGACUCAAUUAUUCAAGACAGUCUAAUUUCGAUCAACUCGAUCGCUUCCAAUGAGCCGUUACUGUCCGAAGCUAAGAAUGAUCUACUGCUGGAAGAGCAAACAAUGCCUGAGGAAUUUCAUGGUAACUUGGUUGACGACCUCAUCAGUAUUGAACCCUGUUCGAUAAAAACCGAAGCUGCCAAUCCAGCAUUAAUGGAGAGCAAACUAAUUUCGUUUAUAAGUGGGCCUGAGUCGGUACUUAUUGAAGAAAAUAAUAAUAUACUCAAACAGGAGGAAGUAGUUACAGACGACGUUAAACUCAUGCAGGAGCGUAUUCAAAAUGCACCAAAAAAAUGUGACGAUGAAGACAAUGUGCUUCAUCCGAUUGGUAUCGUGAGAACAAUCCCAGUCGACGGCCACUCCUCUGAGUGCGACCGAAAAGAAGUCCCAAUAGACAGAGCACAACCUAACUCCGAACACACAACAAGACCCAUUGAAACCGUAUCCGAAGUAAAUGUAAAUCAUCCUAAUAUUAACCACCUUAGUAUUAACCUCAAUCCAUCUAACCUGGAAAGUAAGAGCCCAACGACGCAAAAAAUCGGCAGUAAGCUUGAACCUAGUCCCCCAAUAUUCGUGGAGCCACUAUCGCCACACCCAAUCGUACUUAACAUAACGGAAAUCUUUGAACGCUCCAUGAAGGUUUCGCUAAAAUCUAUUUCAGAAGAGGACCUCGAAUCAAAUGCUUCCACUGCAUUCCAGUCGAUACUAUCGCCCUCCGACAGUAUUGUUUCUACAGCUGAUGGAAAUGAUUGCAAAACCAUUUCACAGCACGGCUCGGACGAUGGCACUACUGCAAUGGUUGACACCGAUAACAGUCUGCUGUUGAAUAGCCUUCCCUCUCUACAAUCAUUUAGCUCAUCACUAGAAAGCACUCGUCACUACCAGGAGAACGAAUUCAGUUCGAUCAAUGAUUCUGCCGAAACAUCUAAGAAAUCGUUGGAUUUGCUUGAACUGGACCAAGCAUCUACCGGAGCGGUUUACGUUUGCGAUACUUCCAACAUGCAUUUUGCCGAACAGUUGAGGGAGCUUAGACAACAGCAGGUGCAUCAGACUGACACAACGGAGGAAAGUGAGGAAAAAACGAUAAUGGACAAAAAUGAGAAAAUUUCUAUUGGACAAAACUUGGUUGCUUUUAACAAGAACGCUCCCAGCCCAGACGAAUUAAAUGAAAAUGACGAAGAAAAGUCACAACAUUCUGAUGUGAAUAUUGAAAAGACAAGGGAAGCCAACUCUGAAAUUAUAAAGACGGCAACAGACGAGGACAUUGAAAAUCAGUUAUCAAGUAGAAAGGUUGAAGCAGAAAACAGUAAGAGCAAUUAUGUAGAAGAUAAAACCUUGGCACAUGUCGUUCUUUGUGAAUCACAACAAACCAAUCUAAAUUCCCCCGCUAAUCUAGUGCAUAAUGUGGACGACGUUCCUGCAGGAGCCACCGAAACUUUGGAUGAAUCUGAUAACGAACUGCUGAAAUCAAAUGAUGGUUUACCUUCUCAAUCGGGAUCAUCCAGCCCGACAGAUACAUCCACAGAAGCUGUAGCUGGGUCUGCUGAUCGGGUGUCCAGCCCGGAAGACUCUUUUUCUUCUAUCAAUCUAUCGGAACCGAUUGGUAUGAACAACGACCCUACUAUAGUUGAGCGACCGCAAUCUACUGCAAUCGCUGUUGUGACGGAACAGAUGCGACAAUACUGCGAAGAAUUGAAAGAUAUUCUGAAUCAACGAAAAAUACCAGAACUCUCUUCAAAACCAUCCGAGGAAAUACAACAAACAUCUGAGAGCUGGGAACAACUUUUGGCACUUCAGGAAGAACUGCGUAUAGCUAACGAAGACCCUUCCCAAAAUGAAAUAAAACCUUGCAAGGACCAUCCUAUUCAAAGCAUCGCUAUAGAUUGUUCUAAGGUUCCAGUAUCGGAAUCCCUCCCCAAUCCAAUGGAUGAUUUUGUUACAAAAUCAGCAAUUUACAAUGACAGUUUGCGUAACACCCAAGUAACACCAAAUUUCGAAUUUCCUACCAGCAUAGUCAUGCCAUCACAAAAUCUCGUCGAUACUGAAGAUCCGGAAUCUGUUGAAAAUGCCGAUGAAGACCCUUCGCAAACUGAGAUAAAACCUUGCAAGGAUCAUCCAAUUCAAACCGUUACAUCAGAUAGAUCUAAAUCUCCAGUAACGGAAACUCUUCCAACACCAAUGGAAGAAUUUGCCGUGCAAUCCGCUCUUUACAAUCACCACUUGCGUAAUAUUGACUAUGUGGAGGAAGGCCUACCCAACGCAGAAGACGCUGCUUGUUUCCUCACAGCAAAUAUUGAGUUGUCCAACGCUAAGGAAAUUGUAACAACUUCGCCUUCUGCAGGAGAACACGCAGUUCAGGAAGCGGUCACUGUUGAACAUACUCCCAUUCCUGCGCCAAAUGCAGUAACCGAAAUUUCUUAUGAAAGACAGGUCACCACUACGGUCGAGGAGUUGCAAUCCAAUCAGAAUUGUCCAUUAGAUGACCUGGAAAGUUCAGAUGAACCUUCUGGCUUCUUAGACAGUUUAGAAGUGACCAGCUCAGUGAUAGAUGAAACACCAGAUUUCGAUCGUAUUCUUUCCUCAGAUGUCCUUGAACAACCAACUGAAACUAACGACAUUCCACGCGAUUCAAAUGUAUCUUCAAUAUCGGUUACACUUCCUGCAGUUUGCGUUUUAACUAACAACGGCGACACUAACCUCACCAAUGUAGCUGAAAGUGAUACUAACAACUUGUGUGAUGAUCAACUUCCGAGCUUCAUCUCGGAGGCAUCUAUUCCGAUUGAAGAACCAGAUUUAUUCCAUUACCCCCAAAUUCCAGCGCCUCCUGCUCCACAGAAUCAAAAGCCAUCCGAAACCAGCAGUGGACACGCCAAAGGCAGUACAGCGGAUUCAGCAGAGGAUGAAAGACUGAUUCCUGGUUCUAUUGCCGAGCGUGAACAUCUGAAGUGGCGCAAUGCUUCACCCAUUGCCAAUAACCCGUACUCGCCAGAUGUGCUGCAGAAACGGUUGGAAGAAUCCAACCGACAUUCAAAUGUUUUCGACUUCGAUCGAUUGGCGGGUAGAGAUCCUACAUCACCAACAUUGGAAGUUCCGGAUGAUCCCGACCCUCAAGUUGCUUCCAAAGAAGAAGAAGAUGCCGUUGAAAAAGAUCGCUCACUUCAGUCCGUAAUAGGAUCCAAUCCCAAUCAAUAUCAAAGAUAUGGUCGAGAUUACUACAUAAAUGAUGCUAAGCGCGCCAGCGGAUCACGGAAGCAGACUCCGGACCUACCAACGCAAUUAACCCACAGUACCGAUGACGAGAAAUCGCUAUUAUUGUCGCGGAAACAAGACCAGCAAACCAGUCCCACUCCUACUCACCAACGAAACGACUCAAAGUCGGCAGGAACAUUCCCGUUCGUCAAGUCCAGCAGCUGCGGAAAUGUGGUAGACGAUAACCAAACAGAAGACAUAUUUUCCGCUGCGCGACCAAUCGAGGUGAAACCAGAUGACCCUAUCUUGAAACGAGGCAUCAAAAUGGACUAUCUCAGUACUCCUACUCGGGAAGUUUACCUCGUACCAGCCGAAGACCCCGCAACUCCCCAGUCGUUAGGAUCGUCAUCCGAACUCAGUAUGACUUCUCGGGCAGAUGAUAGUCUCACGUAUAGCGAAGACUCGGAUGUGACUCGCAUUUACGAGAUCGGUACUUGUGAGUCCAAAGUCAUUCAUGGCGACGUGAUUGGGGGCGGAAAGGACACAGGACAGACACCACCGUCUACUCCCACAAAUGGGGACCAACUAGUCAACACAUCGCACCCCAUAGACGAAGAACAAACAAUGAACAAACUAAACUGUCUUAAACUGCAGGAAAGCGAGGUACUGUCCGAAGAAAUUCUCGAGAUUAUCCCACAAAUCAGAGUGCCUACGCCGAUAGAGUCGGAACCGCUUCCCGAAGAACCUUCCAGCCCAACCAUAGACCGAAGUCGCUUACUCAAACCACAUCUUCUCAAAAACAAGCCUCUUUCUCCGGAAACAAUCAAAUUCUUCUCGCCAAAGAAACCAUUCGCAACAAACCUUACAGCAUCAUCCUCACUAUCUCAGUCUUCUAUGGAAAUCCGUGAUCUACCUCAUAACGCAACCAAUCUCUACCAUUCAUCUCUGCACAUCGAUUAUCCACCGACGCGACCUGUGCCCCUACAUCAUGAUUUUAUCAUUGAAAAGGAAGUGAUGGAGGUGCUGCCUUCGGUUAAGGAGCUCGCCAAGUGCUACAGCGUAAGCCAGCAGGACGUUAGCAAAGUACCCCAGCCACUGCAUAAACCGAGGGUCAAGCUGCGCAAGGACUUCAUACGUCAAUCGUCGGAGAUGCUGCAUGCAGAAGAAGACCAGGAAGCUCGCAGUGGAAUGCCACAUGUGCCGAACAAGAACCGCCGGAUGUAUUGCAGCACCAGCAGCAUAACUACGGCGGAGGAAAUUCGUGAAAGCCGUCGAACGAACGUGGAAGCGUACAAUCCGCCAACGUUUGUACCGAUGGCUCCAGGUCACAGCAUCACGGCACGAAGCCUUUCCAAGCAGAUUCGGGAUGAAUUGAAGAUAAACGCAACGGAUGAUCAUAAGGUGCAGGGAGGACACACAUCACCAGAGCGGCCCAGCAGUCCGGUGUUUGCUCCGGGUCACCUUCGAAGCAGUAUACAAUUCUUCGAGAGCUUACGGGACAAAUAAUCGCUGAAACAUGGAAUUAGGUGUACCAAUAAGUAAUCAGUGCCAUUCUUCUUGAAAAUCUGUAAUAUGAUACCAAAAUUUCUGAAAUAUUUAUGUCGCGGAAGGAACGAGUCGCCUAUUGCCGUUUCGUUGAGUUCAAAUUGUGCAGCCAUUGGCUGCAGUUAUUUAUUUUUUUGUUUUGUUAUUGAAGCAUUUGAAACCAUUCAGGAGCUUAGAAGAAAGAUAAUGUGUAAAAGUUGUGCUUUUGCUUUUCAGGAAAAUAAUAAUAAAAAUUAUUGAGUUA